AUGUACUCGGAGACUGAAGUGCCUCGUGUUGGGACGGAAACCGGUUGGAGCUUGAGAGUUCCUGUCAUUGCACCUUCUUCCGUCACUUUGUCCACCGGCACGGAUGUUUCUCUUUCUUCGUAUGAUGAUCAGGGAUCUAGGCGUAUCCGAAGGGCUAGGGAGGCACCGUUUGUUCCCAGCGGAAUGGCAGGCUUUGCAGCAAUUGCUGCGUAUGGACCGUAUCCAUUGAAGAGCAGGGAAGAUACUAGAAGGUCUGUUCAGCUGAUCCACGUGUGCCUGGCAGCCCAAGGCUUUGUCGUGGGAGCAAUGACUCUGGGUGUGGGCUAUUCCAUGUGUAAGGAAUUCUGGGCAAAACCUAAACCUUAGAAAAAGAGAAGCUGUCAUGGGGCGCCUGGGUGGCUCAGUCGGUUGGGCGUCCGACCUCAGCUCAGGUCAUGAUCUCACGGUUUGUGGGUUCGAGCCCCGCGUCGGGCUCUGGGCUGACGGCUCAGAGCCUGGAGCCUGCUUCUGAUUCUGUGUCUCCCUCUCUCUCUGCCCCUCCCCCGCUCAUGCUCGG